CAGCCACCUGCCCCUCCGGGUCCCUUCCCGCCCUUAACUCCUCCGUCUGCUGGUUCUCACCUCGGCCCCCUCUCCAUCUCCUUCCUCCGCGGGCACCUUGGAGCCCGCCGCGGCCGCCCGCCGAAACCCCGGCUUCCACCCACUGGAGCCCUUCGGCGCGGCUUCCGCUUCCGGCGAGUAUUGUGUCGCUCUGCGGGGCGGGGGCGGGGGGAGGAGGAAGGAGGGAGGCAGCGCGCUGGCGGCUCAGCGGCCCGCACUCCCGACGCGAAGCCGGGAAGUUAAAUAAUGGCAGAGACGAGCCUGUUAGAGGCUGGGGCCUCGGCAGCCUCCACAGCCGCAGCUCUGGAGAACUUGCAGGUUGAGGCAAGCUGCUCUGUGUGCCUGGAGUACCUGAAGGAGCCUGUCAUCAUUGAAUGUGGGCACAACUUCUGCAAAGCUUGUAUCACCCGUUGGUGGGAGGACCUAGAGAGGGACUUCCCUUGUCCUGUCUGUCGAAAGACUUCCCGCUACCGUAGUCUUCGGCCUAAUCGGCAACUGGGCAGUAUGGUGGAAAUUGCCAAGCAGCUCCAGGCUGUCAAGCGGAAAAUCCGGGAUGAGAGCCUCUGCCCCCAGCACCAUGAAGCCCUCAGUCUUUUCUGCUAUGAAGACCAGGAGGCCGUGUGUUUGAUCUGUGCAAUAUCCCACACCCACCGGGCCCACACCGUUGUGCCACUGGACGAUGCCACACAGGAGUACAAGGAAAAACUACAGAAGUGCCUGGAGCCGCUGGAGAAGAAGCUGCAAGAGAUCAACCGCUGCAAGUCCUCUGAGGAGAAGAAGCCUGGCGAGCUCAAGAGACUGGUGGAGAGUCGCAGACAGCAGAUCUUAAAGGAGUUUGAAGAGCUUCAUAGGCGGCUGGAUGAAGAGCAGCAGAUGUUGCUUUCACGGCUGGAGGAGGAGGAACAGGACAUUCUGCAGCGCCUCCGGGAAAAUGCGGCUCACCUUGGAGACCAACGGCGCGACCUGGCCCACCUGGCUGCAGAGGUGGAGGGCAAGUGCUUACAGUCGGGCUUCGAGAUGCUCAAGGAUGUCAAAAGUACCCUGGAAAAAUGUGAGAAGGUGAAGACCAUGGAGGUGGCUUCGGUAUCCAUAGAGCUGGAAAAGAACUUCAGCAAUUUCCCUCGACAGUACUUUGCCCUAAGGAAGAUCCUAAAACAGCUAAUUGCGGAUGUGACCCUGGACCCCGAGACUGCCCAUCCUAACCUAGUCCUGUCAGAAGAUCGGAAGAGCGUCAAGUUCGUGGAGACAAGACUCCGGGAUCUUCCUGACACGCCACGGCGCUUCACCUUCUACCCUUGCGUCCUGGCUACUGAGGGCUUCACCUCAGGUCGACAUUACUGGGAGGUGGAGGUGGGCGACAAGACCCACUGGGCAGUGGGCGUGUGCCGGGACUCCGUGAGCCGGAAGGGCGAGCUGACGCCACUACCUGAGACUGGCUACUGGCGGGUGCGGCUCUGGAAUGGGGACAAAUAUGCAGCCACCACCACACCCUUCACCCCAUUGCACAUCAAGGUGAAACCCAAGCGGGUGGGCAUAUUCCUAGACUAUGAGGCUGGCACGCUGUCCUUUUACAACGUCACAGACCGCUCUCAUAUCUAUACCUUCACUGACACUUUUACUGAGAAACUUUGGCCCCUGUUCUACCCAGGCAUCCGAGCCGGUCGGAAGAAUGCUGCGCCACUUACCAUCAGGCCCCCAACAGAUUGGGAAUGACAAGGAGGGGCCUGGGAAUAAUCAGGGUGAGGCAGGGUCAGAAGCUAUGGGCCUUCCUUCCUGUGACUUGCUGGACCGGCUUCGUGUCUGCGUGGUCCCAGUCCUGAACCGUCUGGAAGAAGCACCUUGGUUUCUAGAACGGUUUGUGUGGAGGACAAGGCAGGACCUCAUGGCUGUAUCUCCUGUCUGGGCGGGGAGCUAGUUCCCAGGGGGUGGUCUCCUCUGAUGUCCAUCAGGUUUCCUAUCGCACAAGGAUGGGUUGGAAAGGAAGAAGAGCUUUUCCAGAAACAAAAAGUCUGUGUGAGGGUCUCAAUUCCUCAAACUGGAGCAGGAAACAGAAACCCCUGGAUAGCCUGUCAGGGCGUUCUUUGACCCAGAAUAGUCUUGUUUUUUGAGGGAGAUUAAAGGGGUCUUGAACCUCUAGAUGGAAUAAAAAUGAAUGACAGUUGCUCUUACGGGUCUAGCAGUUGAGGGGUUUUCCUGAGGGCAGAGAUGGGCAUCAAGAAAGAGGUCAAGGAAGGGAGCUAGAGGAACAGAUUCCCAGAGACUACAGGAGAAAAGUAUUUCUUUGGUUGCCAUUAUGAGUAGGACUGGCCAGAGGUAGGAAUGGGGAGGAGAGGCAGAAAGAAAGAAGAGGAGAACCCAGGCCCUCAGCCUUCAGCAGAGCUGGCUAUUACCUGGGCCUUUGGACUUGAUACUCUCCAAGGAGUAAGUCACCUUGUAGUCUCCAGCAGCAAGAUACUAGAGAUCCUGCAAGAAAGGUCUUCCCUUCACAGCUUCCUAAAGGAACUGGGAAAGAGUCAGGUGUUAGAGGAAAGGAAAAAUUUCUAUCCAAAGCCCUGGCCUUAAAGAAUGUAACUAAGAUGCUACUCCCAAGUUGUCAGCCUUGGUACCUAGCCAAGGUGUCUAAGCCAGAAAGGGAGAAAGGAAACAGUCUUCCUCAUCCUCAGAACAGGGGAGAAGAGGGAGUGUAUGUAGGGAAGGGGGCGAGAGAAACAGUUCCUUUUGCCUGAGGGCACCUGGCCUGGAACUAGCCAGAGCCACUCCCUUGUUUGUUGCCACACUUCACCUUCUGCCAUUUCCCUAUCAGAGAAUAUAAAGCAUUUUAACAUUAGGCCAAAAUAACCUGUAGGGUACAUAUGUUGUCAAAAAAGGUAAAACAGUGCAUGCCAAACCAAAUCAGAAUGACUGGUCUAUCUGCCAGUUGGGUAAUCAGGUCCACAAAAGAUUGGGAUAAGAAACUGCAUUGUAUUGAGGACAUUUCAGUUCCUCCUGCCACCUCAACAGGACUUUGUCCAGACUCUCCUCUUAACCUUUGUGCCUUGACUGUGGUUCUUUGUGGCAAGAUGCUGGUGGUUGGUAAACAUAAUAUGGAACAAAGGAUCCGCUGAAGUGAUCUCUGUUGUGUGGUAAUAUGAUGACGGCCUUGGUGAUGUAUAAAGAUCACUGGGUAUUAAAAAUGUGUAUUUUGGGUAUUCAACCUCAGUUACUGAUCGGUCUGGGGUGUGAACAUCUACAUUUUAAA